CAUGCGGCAGUGUUUCGGCAGAUAAAGGAUGUGCCUCACCCCAGCAACAUUCUUCCCUUCAUCCACCAUCAGCACAAGUCCUGCCGGUACCUUGAUGUCGAUAAGGAACAUGGCCUUCCCGUUCAAGCUGAAUGUCACCGUGAACGUCAGUAACGUGCACAAUACGACCGUCACGCAGGCAAGAACACCAGCGGGACAAUCCUCCUCUACUCAUCCAACGACCACGAAGACAUCCGAUUCUGUAAAGAAAGCUGCAUCUACGCCUAGGGCUAAGAAGCCCACUGCAGUCAAAGGCUCGGUUCCUGUCAAAGCGGCAUCGUCUCAGGCCAAAAGGCCGGCCGGUGCCAAGACGCCGGCCGCGAACGAGGCAGCGAAGGGGGCUGCGAAGUCGAAGCACUAACAGAUGAUGAUGUCGAUGUUAACAUUACCGAAUGGGAGGGAAUCUGACGUACGGACGCAUUCGCCGUAUUGUCACGGCGUACAAUUUGUUGGAUAGGCCAACAAGGCACGAACCGCCUCUUUUCGUAAUAUCAUUCUCGAGUCUUGAAUCCGAUGAUCCAUUGACUUAUCGUUCCGGUA